CUUCCGGCGAGGGCUGCGGCCCGCCCGUUUCCAUGGUGCCCAGCAAAUGCCGGCCCUCGGUGGGCGGCCGGGCGGGGCACGCGGGUAGCAAUUUUGGGCUUCAUCUGGUUCUCCAAAUGACAUCGGCGGCAGACAGAGCGAAACCUCUUGAGUUCCGGAUUCGCAACGAGCAGGCGUUUCUUCACAGCAGGCUCUUGCAGCCCGAUCUGGAUAAAAAUCGUUCAGGAAGACUAGAUGGAAAAUUAAGUCCUAUAUCACGCACUAGAAAGGUGUAUGUCCCCAUGACAGCUAACUUGGGAGAUAUUCCCAGCCUGGAUUCGAAACAUCUCUCGGGCUCAGUGACCCCUUUCGGCGAGGGGCCUUUUGUGACUCCUGCAAAACAUAGAAUUCGACAUGGCUGCCACAGCGCCGGCGCCACCGUUUCAGACAAUACAAAUUGUGGAAAUGGCGCCUUUCCCUUGGUGCACCGUACUGCAGAAGAGAAAAUAAGGCACACCGAUAGGCUGACGUUUGAAAGGCAAAAGCUGACAGUCUGUCCAGUGAUUGACAGAGAAGAACACCUGCGUUUGCUGAACUUCCAGCAUAACUAUAUAACUCGGAUCCAGAACAUUUCGAAUUUGAAGCAGCUCGUGUUCUUAGAUUUGUACGAUAAUCAGAUAGAAGAAAUAAGCGGCCUUUCCACGCUCCAGUCCCUCCGUGUCCUUCUUUUGGGAAACAACAGAAUACAGAAGAUAUCCAACCUGGAGGCCCUUAUAAACCUUGAUGUGUUGGAUCUGCAUGGCAAUCAGAUUGCUCGGAUAGAAAAUCUCAACCAUUUAAGCAAUCUCCGAGUGCUAAACCUUGCCCGAAACAGCUUAAUGUGCGUGGAGAACAUUAAUGGGCUGGAAUCGCUGGCAGAACUCAAUCUUCGAUACAAUCAAAUCGCCUCUGUUAAAGAUGUGAACGCUUUGCCCUGCCUCCAGCGUCUGUUCCUCAGCUUUAACAAUAUAUCUUGCUUCGAUGACAUUGUGUGCCUGGCUGACUCCUCGUCCCUUUCCGACGUUACCCUAGAUGGCAACCCGAUAGCGCAGGAGACAUGGUACAAGCACACCGUUCUCCAUCAUAUGAUGCAGCUGCGGCAGCUAGACAUGAAGAAAAUCACGGAAGAAGAAAGGCGCUUGGCCUCCGUUGCGAUCCGAAAGGAGGAAGAGAAGAGGCGUGAAAGCCACAAGCAGGCCUUACUGAAGGAAAAGAAGCGUUUAACAAUUAGCAAUAUCGCACGCCAGUGGGAGAGCCAGCAGAACCACCUUGCCCGCCUGUCUUCCAAGCAAGAGAGUAACACCGAUGACGACUCCUGCCAGGACAACCAAAACAACGCAUAUGGCUUGUCUGAAGAAACCAGGUCUCUUGAGUCCCUGUUGAGCAAAAGCGUACAGGGGUUGUCCAUCAUAGACUGUCACUUGGUCGAAGUAGAAGGAGACACCCUGUAUUUGUAUGGCUCGGGGGCUCUGGAAUCCCUGGACCGGAACUGGAGUGUUCAGACGGCUGGAAACGUCGCCACGAUUGCCUUCAUUUUCAUAGACUUUGACGAACUUGUUCCAGUAUUACCCAAGCUAAGGAUUAAAUUUCCUAACUUUGUGCACUUGAAGUUCAAGGAGACCAAACUCGUCAUGCUGCAGCAGUUCAACGCCUUAGCGCAGGUCCGCCGCAUGGAGCAGCUGACGGUGGACGCCCAGGGGAACCGGGUGGUCAGCUUUACCUUGUGGAAGUACUACGUCCUGUUCCGGCUGAGCCAUUUCAACCUGCAGAAGAUCAACGGGGUGGAGGUUACACAGAACGACUUGAUAAUGGCUGAAAACCUGUUCGGCAUCCUGGCGUAUGUCGCGUCUUCAGAUUUACCUUACUGCAACCUUCUUUCGCUGCUCGGAGAAACCAGGAAAAAGCAAUUGUGUUAUCUUUUGGAGGCCAAGGGGAAGAAAUUGGGGGCUGCUGGCGAAGAGGGCAGCGACCGGCGUAAGCUCGGAGGGGAGAAUUUGAGCCGGUCUAUGUUGAGCUACACCACGCGGGACUCCCAGGCAGAGAAGCUGGAGGAAGCAGCGGACAGGAAGAGGUUCUGCCAUGCCUACGUCCAAGACUUGGUGAAGGAUGCAGCCGACAUCCAUACGAAAAACGAGUCCCUGCAGAAGCUCUGGCCGCAGAUGUUCAUUGAGCUUGUGCGGGACGCGGUGAUCGAGAUCCGCAGCAAGGAUUCCUACACGAAGCUCUGCCUGCAGCGAAUCGCCAGUCAGAAGUCGUGAAACGGAGGCUUCUUGGGCUG